GCCUGACGAGGAAUCCGCACCACCCACUAGCUCCAAGGGCAUAUCCGAACACCUUCAGCGAGAAGAGGAGCCACACAGCAUGUCUCUAGGCCCAUUUGUUCUACGCUCAAACCAUGGACAAGGCCCAUAGCUCCGUUCCAAAGGCACCGACGGCCUCCCCGCCAAAGUGCCGAAACACAGCCCUUUGACUUACAUGCGAAAAAGCUGGUCUCAAUGGGCGCAGUUACUCGCCAGCUCUCUUCGUGACUCGCACCCACCCAAGAACUUGGUGAGGUCGCCACUGGUUGGAACGAGAACCAUAAGACUCCAUGUGCUUCCUACUCGGUUUCCCAACCUCUUGGUUUCCAGUCUCCCAUCUCUGACGUUGUUUUCUGUACGCACAUAGUACACUUAGCGCAUUUGCCAAAUAUCUUUAUCUGUCCCGCACCUCCCCUUCAUGAGACCAUUGCUUAGACAAGCGUCUCCUGCAAGUCUCAACAUCAACUGAUUCUCUUCUUCAACGGUUGAAUACUACGAACACGAAAAAACGGUCACUUGACAGCUUUGACUUCCAAGUUGAAUCUCCAUCUACGCUGCUUAGUCCCCUGGUUAAGCUAGCUGCACAUACUCUACAAACCCUUCGUCGUCUGGCACGAUCGAAGAAUACACUACAAGAUACUCCAUAUACCCCAAGUUUUCUGGAAAGACUACCACCAUGCUCUCCCACAUCCUCGCCGUCUCUAGCAUGGCCGCUCUGGCCAGCGCCCAUGUUCUCAUGACCAACCCCGUCCCCUACGGCAAAGCUUCCCUGAACAACUCUCCCCUCGAUGCCAACGGCGCCGACUUCCCCUGCAAGCAGAGAGCCGACGUCUACGAUCUUGAAGGCGCCUCCAACAUCUACGCCCAAGGCAGCACCCAGCACCUCGCCUUUGAAGGCAGCUCCGUCCACGGCGGCGGCUCGUGCCAAGUCUCCGUCACGACCGACCUGCACCCCGACAAGAACUCUGUCUGGAAGGUCAUCAAGUCCAUCGAGGGUGGGUGCCCUGCCAAGAACACCAAGGGCAACCUUGGAAGCGACGCCACCAUGGCCGUCCCAUUCACCUACGACUUUGACAUCCCCGAGAAGCUGGCUGCUGGCAACUACACUCUCGCGUGGACCUGGUUCAACAAGGUCGGCAACCGUGAGAUGUACAUGAACUGCGCGCCCGUCACCGUCACCGGCAACACUGGCGUUGAUUCCUACUGGCAGUCUCUGCCCGACAUGUUCAUCGCCAACAUCAAGAUGGACGCCAAAGACACCGCCGACGAGAUGUGCAGCGUCCCUCCCAACGUCGACGUCAAGUUCCCCAACCCCGGCAAGUUUGUGGACCAGUUCAACGGCGUCACUGCCAAGUUCUGGAGCCCAAGCAAGGCUGUUUGCACCCAGGGCCCUGCUGCCCUCCGUGGCCCCAAGGAGCUCUUUGCCGAUGACGGCCACCACGCUGCUGUUGCUACCGCUGCCCCUCAACUUGACGACUCUACUCAAGGCUCUGAUGCCGUCUUUGCUACCGACGCCCCAGCUGCUCCUACUGCUGAAUCAGACAUGGAAAUGAACAGCGUCAACGAUGCAGCUGGCACUCCCACAAGCACCCCUACCCCAACUCCCAUCUCCGGCGAUUCUCCUGCUGCUGGCUUUCCAGCGGCUCAAAAGUGCACUGACGAAGGCCAGUGGAACUGUGUCGACGGACUCUCUUUCCAACGCUGCGCCAGCGGCCAGUGGUCAGUCGUCCAGGCCCUCGCUACCGGCGUUGGCUGCACCAAAGGCCUUUCUAGCGACUUCCCCGUCUUUCCCUUGGCUAGUAAGCCUGGUGCUAUGCGCCGCGCGAGACUCGAGCGCCAGUAAAUGGCUUUCUAUUUCUUUUUCGGCGUAAAUGGAACGGUGUUACAGGUGUAUAUAUAUAUAUAUACUUAGUCCCACAGGUGUGCGAUAUAUAACUUAUGAUGGCGUCUAAUCUUGGACGCAUAUUUAUGCAGUGAAUUUUCAGUCAAUAUAUUUAUACCAGUUUAUUAUAAAUGCGUUCAUGAGAAUUGGAGGAUCUAGGUGAUAUGUGUGUCUUUCUCCCUUUAUACUUUUGGAGGCCUUCACAGACAAGCCAAGUGUAAGACCUGUGUCGCGGCAAGCCUGAGAUAUUGAACACAGUGAUAUGUAGAGGACAAAUAUAUUGGUGGUACAAGGCUGAUUGCUUGGUUUCUAUGAUUUCAAAGCGAACUAGUUGAGCCUAGCUAGUCUCUCCGUUCCAGUAUAGCAUCCAAGCUGAUGAUGCAAAGACCUUCUCAGUUCGACGCGCCAGAACUGGCAGCUCCAACCUAAUAAUAGUGGCUAUUCUUCUCCUAAAUAUUAUUCGAGUCGCUGCAAAAAGAGGAAAAGAAGACAAGAAACAAAAAAUUCAUAAGCAAAUACCAGCAAUCCUACUCUCAUGCUGCUCUAAUUUCCUGCAGCCCAUAUCUCCAUAGAAAUGGUCUGCAUGACGCCCCAAACGCCCGAAUUUUGAUAUGUAUGUAUACUCUGUGCCUGUAAUCAAUGGCAACAUAAAAAAGCAUAAAAAAGACAACAACCCAGCGUGAUAAAGUAAUAAUAGAACAAGUAAUAAGUCAUGCCGUCAUAGAGGGUAGCGUAAGUCGCGCGAGCCGCGUACAUGAGGCGAGGGGUUCCGCGGAUCGGUAAUGUAUCCGUUGCCGUUGGAGGUCUCCUAGAUUUCAAUGGUCUUCAUGGCGUCGUCGUUGCCAAUCUUCUUUCCAUUCGGCCUAGGGGUGACGUUUUCCUUGUCGUUUCGGAGCAAAUCGUUCUCCCCGGGGCUGGAUAAGCUAAUACGGGACGCAUCCUUGUCAUCUUCGCUGACGCGCGGGGUUUCGACUUCGACUAACUUCGAGGGCUCAAUGAUUGCUGAGCGCAGCUCUGGCAACAGACCCUCUUCGGCAACCUUACUGAGAGGGGCUUUGUUAUAGCCGCGGCGCAUGGGGCUCGUCAGAGGCGAUGAUUGACUGAGACGCUGCAUGGAGCGGCCGCGAGCGUCACCGUUGGCAUCGGCUGGUUUCGUGUAUGGCGAGGCCGAGCGAGAUCCCAAGGGGGAACCGGCCUUGGGUGACAUUACGGACUUGCGCUUGUUCGACGGGCCACGGCGGCCAUACUUUUGAUCCAUUCUCCAUCUCAAAAUGCUGAAGUAGGGCGGCUCUACGCGGGAGUCUCUGAAUUCACGCAGCUUCAGUUCGCUUGUCUCUUCGUCCACAAACCAUUUGCCGCUGUUCAGAUCGUCCGCAACAAGGGCAAGGAAAGCAGACCAGGAGCGCGCAAUGACGUAUUUUGUGUCGUAGUCGCGGCCAAAAAGGAUAAUCUGACCCCAUUUGCCACCAGGACCGGGGGACAAGUCUACUGCAAGGUUGUUGCCUCCCCAAUCACGAACGAGAGGAAUCCAAGCGUUGUGGGCGUACGCCUUCUUUACGGCAUUUGGGGGAACGCAUUGCUGUUUGGAGAGGAGGUUCUGUCGCCAUUCGUCGUGUUGCGAAGAAGACGAAGAGGAAGGUCGCUGCUUCGAGGAGGACGCUUCGCUGCUGCCGGCGCCGUUUGUUGAGGCACGAACUGGAGGUGGAGGAGGGCGAUUGGCAGCGGCGUCAAGGAGAUACUGCUCGUUGACCCGUCUCCAUUGCUCCCACUCCUGUACGAUUUCCUCACAGUCCAUCAGCAUUGAUCCGAAAAUGAUACCAGUUGGCGUGCCUCCUCGCUCCUGACCAUCGUGAAUCAUCAGCGAAUCGCGCACAUCUUGCGGGAGAGUGCAAUCAAGCUGAUGCUCGAGUUCGUUCAUAUCGUUGGCUGUGGCUCCUUCACCGAGCUGGUCGAAAAGCUCGGGGUAGUUCUCCUCGGCCCAUUUGUCUAUUCUUCCCCACGAGUGUUGGAUUGGCGGUGGGGGUGGCAGGCCAUCUUGGAACGCUUGCAUGGGAACAUCUCCGGGAGUUUGCGUCUCGAACCCGUCGCCUCUCUGCGCCGAGAGCGACCGUGAGCCGGGCGAGUAUGUGCCAGGGUUGGGGCUUGCAGUACCGUGGUUUCGUCGGAUCGGGGAAGCUCGGCCGCUCUCGUCAAAGUAAGGGUUGCUAAC